AUGAAGUCUGAGCACUCUGGUUCCCAGAAAAGUUCCACCAUUAUGACAUUUCACCCAACCAUGGAAGAUUUCUCAGAUUUCAACAAGUACAUUGCUUACAUGGAAUCCCAAGGGGCACACAGAGCUGGCCUGGCCAAGGUAAUUCCACCAAAGGAAUGGAGAGCCAGACAGUCCUAUGAUGAUAUCAGGGACAUCUUAAUAGCCACUUCCCUGAAGCAGGUGGUCUCUGGGAAGGCAGGUAUGUUCACUCAAUACCACAAAAAGAAGAAAACCAUGACAGUGGGAGAGUAUCACCUUCUGGCAAACAGUGAAAAGUAUCGAACUCCUCCACACCUGAAUUUUGAAGAUUUGGAGAGAAAGUACUGGAAGAACCGCCUCUGUGACUCACCAAUUUAUGGUGCUGACAUCAAUGGAUCCUUAUUUGAUGAAAACACUAAAGAGUGGAACCUGGGACACCUGGGAACCAUUCUGGACCUGUUGGAACAGGAAUGUGGAGUUGUCAUCGAGGGAGUCAACAGGCCCUACCUGUACUUUGGUAUGUGGAAGACGACCUUUGCAUGGCACACGGAAGACAUGGACCUUUAUAGCAUCAACUUCCUGCACUUUGGGGAGCCCAAAACGUGGUAUGCGGUGCCCCCUGAACAUGGGCAGCGCCUGGAGCGCCUGGCUAGGGCGCUUUUCCUGGGCAGUUCCCAGGGCUGUGAGGCCUUCCUGAGGCACAAGGUGGCCCUCAUCUCACCCACAGUCCUCAAGGAGAAUGGCAUUCCCUUCAACCGUGUCACUCAGGAGGCUGGGGAGUUCAUGGUGACAUUUCCCUAUGGCUACCACGCUGGCUUCAACUGCGCAGAGGCCAUCAAUUUUGCCACCCCGCGAUGGAUAGAUUAUGGCAAAGUGGCAUCUCAGUGCAGCUGUGGGGAGGCCAAGGUCAGCUUCUCCAUGGACGCCUUUGUGCGCAUCCUGCAACCUGAGCGCUAUGAGCUGUGGAAAUGCACACAAGACCGCACGAUUGAAGACCACACUGAGUCCAGGAAGCCUGCCAGGCCAGAGCUGCUGACCACAGAGAGAAAGAACCGGACACUCUGGAGAGCAGCGCUGGGCUUGAGAUACCUCCAGUCUCCAGAGGCUUAUGGUUCCUUGAGAUCUGUGCUGGCUGGUGGCUUGUUAUGUGCACCUGUGAGUCCAGAGUCUGGGUGCCCCUCCUCUGGCUACAGAGCUGAUGCAAAGCCUGGGACAGUCCCGAAUGGGUCCCUGCUGCCUGUCGUGACCUGGUCAAAGAAACGCUGUAGGUCCACCGUGACUCUCCACCCAUCAACUGGUAGACGUGGUCGUGGUCUUCGCAAAGUGGAAUUCUAG